AUGCAACCAAAGACUUUCCAUUUCAUUCUUCUGAUCAUUUUCUUGAUCUCAUCUCAUUCUCUGUCCUUCAACACCGGUGGCGAAGACGGCGGAAGUGAGAUGACCUCGCCGGAAACAUCUUCUCCCCCUAGUGGAGGAAGUGGUGCAGAUCCUGGACCUAACUGGGAUUACAACUGGGGUUGGGGUUCUAGCCCUGGAGGAGGAUGGGGUUAUGGCUCGGGCUCGGGCAGGUCGCCUGAUGGGCUCAGUCGCGGCUGGGGGUUUGGUUUUGGGUCCGGAAGUGGGUCCGGUACUGGCUUUGGCUAUGGUUCUGGUGGUGGUGGAAGCGCUAGUGGUGGCGCUGGUGGUGGAACUGGUGGUUCUGGUGGCUACAGUAGUGAUCGUGCGCCAUCGAUUCCAGGGGAGAGAUAUCAUCAUGGGUAA